CGUAAUUUAUAGGGGGCGUGGUUUGUAGCGGCUUCGGUAGCUGCAGUUGUUGACGGCUGGGUUCGUCCCGGUGACGUCACGGCGGUCUGUCUUUGACCCGCUGGCUCCGUCGUAGCGAAGAGGCGGCGCGCCGGAAAGCUACAGGACAGCGAGCAUCGAGCAGCAACCAAAACACAACUCCACGGCCUCCAGUACCGCGUUCACCCGCUCCAUUUAAAUCAGGACGUCGAUAGGCGUCCGCUGGGCGCUGUUUGAGGGACGGAGGACUCUCGUUUAUGCGCGCGGAGCCAGCGCUUUGGCCUCGCCAGCUCGGCUAACGGUAGCUAACAGCAGCAGGCCCAGCUAGCGCUAGCCGCGGAGCUUACUUUUCGCUAGCAGGAGUAAAACAAGGAAUGAGUGAUGACCUCUGUGGUGGUGUCAGACGGUGGAGGGAACAUAGUGGAGUAUGUCACUGUGGUGGAGGAGCCCCAGCAGUGUGAGCAGCAGCCCACCGAGGAGGAAGAGGAGGAGGAGGAGGAAGAGGUGGUCCAGCAGGAAAUCGAGGCGGUGAUCGUGGAGGGCGGAGAGGAGGUGGAGGAGGACGUGGAAGAGGAGGAGGGCGUGGUGCUGCAGGAGGAGGGAUGUCCAGCAGUGAUCGUGGAGGAGGUGCCCAGCGCCCAGGUGGAGGAGUGCUACUCGGCGCAGGUGCUGGUCUACGAUGAUGAGACGUACCUGAUGCAGGACGUGGCCGAUGAGCAGGAGGUAGUGACGGAGGUGGCUGAGACAGUGGAGAUGUCGGGUCAUGACAUAGUGUGUUUCGACAAGACGUUUGAAGCUGCUGAAGCUCUCCUUCACAUGGAGUCUCCUGGAGGACUGCACAACGAACGCAACACAGCAGAGGAUGUGAUGAUGGAGACGGUGGUGGAGGUGUCUACAGAGUGCGGGCCCAUAGAGGAGGAGUCCUUCCCCAUCCCUCCUGAAUGUGAACCUGCUGCCAAGAAGAAGAGAGGGGGUGGACGUAAGCCCAAGACACACCAGCCUGCUUCCAAUGUGUCCUUUGACCUGGGGAUCAAGAAGAGGCAGAGGGAGGGCAAAGGUAACACCACCUACCUGUGGGAGUUCCUGCUGGAGCUGCUGCAGGACAGAAACACCUGCCCCAGGUACAUCAAGUGGAUGCAGAGGGAGAAGGGCAUCUUCAAACUGGUCGACUCCAAGGCUGUGUCUAAACUGUGGGGGAAACACAAGAACAAGCCCGACAUGAACUACGAGACCAUGGGCCGAGCCCUGAGGUAUUACUACCAGCGUGGCAUCCUGGCGAAAGUGGAGGGUCAGCGGCUGGCCUACCAGUUCAAAGACAUGCCCAAGAACAUCCGGGUGAUCGAUGAUGAGGACGAUGGAGAGGAGGUGGAGGACAGUGAGGGCAUGGUGUCCGGACAGCACCCGGCUCACCAGCAGGGCACCGUCACCCUGGGCACCAACUUGCCCACCGCCACCCAGCCUCAGCAGACCUACGUCACUGUCAUCCCCAGCAAUGCUGCCAGCAGGCCCAUCCGAGCCAUGCCAGUGGUCAUGACCAACUCACUAGGUCAGGUGACGUUAAACUCCUCCUCCAUCCUCACCACAGGGGUCCCAGUGACGGUAGCCAACGCAUCGGCAGGCGCUCCCCCCAAACUGGUCAUCCAGGCUCUGCCCACCAUGCUACCUGCAGGCUCCAAAGCAGGAGAGAAGAUCACCAUCAUCACCAUCCCGGCCAACCAGCUGGCCACGCUCAUGCAGGCCAACCCGUCAGGCCACAUCACGCAGCUCAUCCAGGCUAAACCUGUGGCUACGCAGUUAGCGCAGGCCGCUGCCAAAUCAAGCGCCGGCACACAGACAGUCCAGCUGACAGCGGGCCGGCCGACGCCGCAGCUCAUCCUGGCCAAACCGGCGGCGGUGGCCCAGCCGCUGCCACAGCUCUCUGUACAGGUCAGCCACCCAACUCUACCCAAAACCCCCAUCCAGCCCUCAAAGCCCUCCAGCAGUCAACCCGAGGCAGCACAAUCAGAGGCAGCGUCUGAGGCCACACCUCCCUCCAGCCCAACAGCAGCAACAGCAGAAACCCCGUCAUCCUGAGCCAUGCACGGAGCCGGAGCCACCAGAGGGGGGUACAGUAGGUGACUGUGGACAGUGCUGAGGAAGUGCAGUACACCUCCCACACACACACACACACACACACACACACACACACACACACACACACACACACCCUGCUACAUGGCAGAGCUCCUAUGUAAUUGGCUCAGACUGUCAGCCUGACGCUGGUCUCUAGGGAGACGCUUGCUCUUACUCUGGAGCUUCUGAAGCUUCGCAAAGGAUUAAAGGGACUGUUGUAGUGACACACAGGUGGUUGAGAGCUCAAACAUGGGCAGCCUUAGAUUGUAAAUGAAACUUCUUUUUGUAAUCAAAUGUAAUAUAACGAGCCUGAUGAGACUUUGUUGUAAACAGAAAUGUAAAAAGCAUUUUUUGAUACUCAGCAGGUGUGUGUAUCCGCACAGACGUAGUUUGAAUUCAUCUCUUUGUUUCAGUCUAAUAGUUGGUCUGCAGACCUCUGUUACUCCACACAGCACUGUCACAUUCAACACGUCUUCUUUAGUUUUUUACUGUUUGUAAAAAGGGAGUGAAAGGAUGUCUGCGUCAAGAGAAGAGAACUAAAUGGUCUGUUCCACAUCAGAAGUAUAAUAUACUAUUUUUUUUUCUUGUACUAUCAGUGUAUUGAAGUAGAUUUUACUUAUUAUAAAAAAACAUGAAAUGUGAAUGAAAGCUGUCUGAAUUUGUGUUAUUCAAUCUUCUGGGAAGGAACAUGCUGGAGAAGUAUUUAAUGAAUGAAUACAAAGUACGGUGUGCAGGUCACUGUGCUGCCCUACGCUACACCACGUCACAUUGUGUCACGCCUGUAUGAUGAUGGCUGUCUUGUUAUUUCAUGUUGAUUCUUCAGUACUGUUUCCAUCACCUUGUUUGUUUUAUUUCAAGGGGAAUCCGAGCGCCUGUGACCUGCUGUGACAUAAACUAUAACUGUA